CAUCGGUAUUGUCCACAAAAAUGCCUUAAAGUAUCUUUCCCUUAUCACCAUAAAUGCUAGCCCCUUUGGCCUUCAAUCAUUCACCUGAAUGUCUCACAGUUUACAACCAAAAGCUACCAUGGAAAACUCACAGGAAACAACAGUACAUGUAGCUAUGGUGCCAACACCUGGCAUGGGUCACCUGCUUCCACUCGUUGAGUUCGCCAAGCGACUCGUUCACCAGUACCACAACUUUGAAUUAACCAUCAUUGUCCCCGAUGAUGGCUCACCCAUGAAAUACCAAAGACAACUCCUUCAAGCCCUACCCAAAUCAAUUUCCUCCAUUUUUCUCCCACCUGUGAGUUUUGAAGAUUUGCCUGAGGACGUCGGAAUCGAGACCAAGAUUGUACUCAGCCUGGUCCGGUCACUGCCUGCUCUUAAAGACUUGCUCAAGGUCUUAGUCGAGUCAACUCGACUUGUGGCCGUGGUUGUUGACCUUUUUGGCAUCGAUGCAAUUGAUGUAUUUGAAGAAUUUGGCCUUAAGCCCUACAUAUUCUUUCCUUCAACUGCUAUGUUGUUACAAUUGAUAUUUCACUUGCCUAAGCUUGAUGAAAUGUUUUCUUGUGAGUAUAGAGAUUUGUCUGAGCCGAUCAAGUUACCCGGAUGCGUGCCGUUUCACGGAAGCGAUAUAACGGACCCUGUUCAAGACAAGAAGAAUGUGGGUUACCAAUUGGUUAUUCAGCUAUGCAGACGCUACCCAUUGGCAGCAGGGAUUAUAGUUAAUAGCUUUAUGGACUUGGAACAGGAUGCCUUUAGGGCUUUGAUGGAGAAUGAAAUUGGUCUACCCAAGGUUUACCCGGUUGGACCACUAAUACAAACAAGUUCAAUGAAUGAAGUUAACGAGUCUAACAAUUGUUUAAGGUGGUUAGAUGUGCAGCCUCAUGGUUCGGUGGUUUAUGUAUGUUUUGGAAGCGGUGGGACACUCUCUCACGAGCAGAUGAAUGAAUUGGCGUUGGGACUGGAAAUGAGUGGACAAAGAUUUCUCUGGGUUGCAAAGAGCCCGGCUGAAAAGGCUACAAAUGCCACUUACUUUGGUGUAGAAAGUGUCAAAGACCCUUUCCAUUUUCUGCCCGAUGGGUUCUUGGAAAGGACCAAAGGGGUGGGUGUAGUGGUGCGGUCUUGGGCUCCUCAGAUCGAGAUCUUGAGACAUGGCUCAACGGGAGGGUUCUUAACCCAUUGUGGGUGGAAUUCAACCUUGGAGGCGAUUGUGCACGGUGUGCCACUGAUUGCAUGGCCACUCUAUGCAGAACAAAAGAUGAACGCAGUGCUUUUAGCAGAUGAUCUGAAGGUAGCAAUCAGGGUCAAAGAGAAUGAAAAUGGGGUGGUGGGGCGAGAAGACAUUGCAAAAUUUGUUGAGGGACUGAUUGAGGGGGAAGAAGGGCAACUGCUCAGGAACAAGAUGAAAAAACUGAAGGAUGCUGCAAAAAUGGUUUUGAGCCCAGAUGGAUCAUCCACAAAAUCACUGGCCAAGGUAGCAGAAAUGUGGAAAAACCAGGAAAAAUCAUCAAAUUCCUCCAUGGAAACCACCCAAGAAUCACCGCUCCAUGUAGUCAUCGUGCCUACUCCAGGCAUGGGUCACUUGAUCCCGCUCAUCGAGUUCGCCAAGCGACUGGUGGACCUCCACAAGUUUGCCGUAACUUUCUUUGUCCCCAACGAUGGCUCACCCAUGAAACUCCAAAGACAACUCCUUUUAACCCAACCCGAGCCAAUUUCCUCCAUCUUUCUCCCUCCUGUUAGCUUUGACGAUCUGCCCGAGGAUGCCAAAAUCGAGACCCGGAUUAUUCUCAGCCUGAAUCGGUCGCUUCAUUUUCUCAGAGAUUCGUUCAAGGUACUAGCUCAGUCAACUCGGGUAGUGGCCUUCGUCGUUGAUGUUUUUGGCAUCGAUGCAUUUGAUGUCGCCAAAGAAUUUGGACUUGAACCUUACAUUUUCGUCACUACCGCUGUUAUGCUAUUAUCAUUGAUAUUUGAGUUACCCAAGCUUGAUCAGAUGUUUUCGUGCGAAUAUAGAGAUUUGCCUGAGCCGAUCAAAUUACCAGGAUGCGUGCCGUUCCAUGGAAGCGAUGUUCCUGACCCGCUUCAACACAGGACAAAUUUUGCCUAUCAAGAGACUCUUCAGCAAUGCAAACGUUACCCAUUGGCUGCUGGGAUUAUCAUUAACAGUUUUAUGGACUUGGAAAAGGGUACUUUGGAUGCUUUAAUGGAGAGUGGGCGUGGUUUGCCUGCGGUUUACCCAGUUGGACCUCUAAUACGAACUAGUUCAACCAGUGAAGUUGAAGGCUCUAACAAUUGCUUAAGGUGGUUGGAUGAGCAGCCUAGCGGGUCAGUGCUAUAUGUCUGUUUUGGAAGUGGUGGGACUCUUUCGCAUGAACAGCUAAAUGAAUUGGCACUGGGUUUGGAAAUGAGUGGGCAAAGAUUUCUUUGGGUUGUCAAGGAACCCAACGAAAUUGUUGCAAACGCCACUUAUUUUGGUAUAGAAAACGUCAAGAACCCUUUUGCUUUUCUGCCUGAUGGGUUUUUGGAAAGGACCAAAGAGGUGGGUUUGGUGGUUCCAUCUUGGGCUCCUCAGAUUCAAGUCUUGAGUCACGGCUCGACCGGUGGGUUCUUGACCCAUUGCGGUUGGAAUUCGGUUUUAGAGUCUAUCGUGCAUGGCGUGCCAUUAAUCGCAUGGCCACUCUAUGCAGAGCAAAAGAUGAAUGCUGUACUUCUAAAAGAUGGUCUGAAGGUUGCAUUUAGGGUCAGAGUGAACGAAGAUGGGCUGGUUGGGCGAGAAGAUAUUGCAAAAUAUGUGAAGGAACUGAUUGAAGGGGACGAAGGGCAGUUGCUUAGAACCAGGGUGAGAAAACUGAAAGAUGCUGCCAAAGUAGGUCUGAGCCCAGAUGGACCUUCUACAAAAUCCCUUGCCAAGAUAGCAGAAAUUUGGAAGAACAAAAAAAAUUAGAUUUCAUUUUAUUGA